GUGGAAGUGGUGAGGGCACCAAAAGGGAAAAGCCUGUCAAGGAUAAAGGCCACGCGUGAAGGACAUAGAGCCACCGUUAAACGUAUCGCCUAUGCCGUUGACGAGCAAUUAAAUACUUCAAACAGCGAUUUUAACUUGAACAAGAACAAGCAAACGUUAGCACAACACGUGUCGAAGCUCCGCCAGCAAAAGGAAUUUCUGCGCGUUAAAUUAGAAGCUCUGAAAGUUCUAGAAGAGGAAAUUCUGUGAAGAAGAGGACACUGAAAAUGAAAUCUGCGAAGCACAUCUUGUUUAUGAACUAGCCUGCGUAGCAUGGCGGUUUUGUAGAGCCGGGCGCACGAGCAGCAAAGCCGCGAGAAAAAUAAAAAAAAAGUAAAAACCAAUCUCCUCGCGGUUUCUCUGCCCUCGCCCGCCUUUAUUACUUAGCGCGCUCAACCAAAACCACCAUGCUACGCAGGCUAUUAAUGAACUGAUAUGCCUUGCCUUUGCAAGAAUUGAUUACUUUCUGGAAACGUCAAGACCCCCUGCGUGCAGCGUGGACGCGCCAAAACACAAGGCACCAGUGAGCCCUUCUGUAUCUCCUGCAGUUGUUCCUGGAAAUGUUGAACCCUCAAAUGACUCUGUUGAAUCUCUUAAUUCCCCCGCAAGUCCAACUACACAUGAAACGGUCUCUCGAGUUAAACUUCCUAAGUUUGAGUUUAAACAGUUUGAUGAGGAUGUUUGUUACAAAGUG